GUCUUACCCAACCCAAUGAAAUUGGAAAAAAGAAAGAAAUUCUCAACGAAACCUUCAGUACAAAUGAAAAAGAAAUUAGGAUGGGCAAAAUCUACAAAACAAAUGAUGCCCUUGACCCUGUAAUAAAGUGACGUGUAACGGAGAAAGCCUUGUUGGCUGGUGCUUGUUUAUGCGAGCAAUUUCCACGCGUCGCUGCAGUUGGGCAUGGAGUGAGUGCGUAGUGUCCUUGUAGCAGAAGAAGAAGAGCUGUGAAACUAUAGUCAAGUGGAGGGGAGGAGCAGUUGAAAGAACCCCACACUAACACGCUCCGUAUCAUCAAUGGUAUGGCGCCAAAGCGAAAGAAAAGUCCUUCAAUCGAUCCCCAGGGAAUUUUCUCUGGAAUGGUUGUGUUUUUGGUCGAAACUGGAGUCCAGUCACGUCGCUUACAGAUUUGGAAGCAGAAGCUGGUCCAAAUGGGUGCUACUACUGAGGAGCGCUUAUCAAAGAAAGUCACUCAUGUUUUUGCUAUUAAUUCACAGGCCCUUCUCCAACAAUUGGAUGGACAACUUCUAAAACGCUUUAAACCAAGGGUUCUCCUCUAUCAAUGGCUAGAGGACAGUUUGAGAUCAGGGGAGAAAGUUUCCGAGGAUCAAUAUCAUCUUCUAGUUGACAUGGAAGGAGAGAAUACAAAAGACAAGUCUUUGGUUUUGAAAUUAGUCAAUGAGAACACUUCCAGUGCUGAUGAACUGUCACCUCACAAUGAAAAGAUCAAAUCUGAUGUGAAGAAAUUCAAAUCAGAUGCAGAAAAUAAAGGUUUGUCUGAGGUGCCAAAUAGUCCUGGAAGUUCUGACAGCUCACCUCUCUCACAAACCCUUACCAAUCCAAUACCCUCCAGUACUCUGCAUUCAGAUUUAUCUUUGCCCUACAGUCCACCUGAUUUAAACAGGAGCAUAACCGAGAUAUUUGGAAAACUCAUCAACAUAUACAGGGCUUUGGGUGACGAUAGAAGGUCAUUCAGCUAUUACAAGGCUAUUCCUGUUGUUGAGAAGUUGCCAUUUAAAAUUGAGAGUGCAGACCAGGUCAAAGAUUUGCCUGGCAUAGGAAAGUCAAUGCAGGAUCAUAAGAUUAUGGGUGCCACUGGGUGUAUGCAGAUCCAGGAGAUAGUUACUACUGGGAAAUUAUCCAAGUUGGAGCACUUUGAGACAGAUGAAAAGGUACGGACGAUUAGUUUAUUUGGGGAAGUUUGGGGUAUUGGUCCAGCCACGGCUCUAAAAUUUUAUGAGAAGGGUCAUCGCACGCUGGAGGAUCUGAAGAAUGAAGAUUCACUGACACAUUCACAGAAGUUAGGAUUAAAAUAUUUUGAUGAUAUUAAGACGAGGAUUCCACGCCAUGAGGUUCAAGAAAUGGAACUAUUGCUACAGAAAACUGGUGAAGAGAUUUUACCUGGGGUCGACAUUUUAUGUGGAGGAUCAUAUAGACGUGGAAAAGCUUCUUGUGGUGAUUUGGACAUCGUGAUCACGCACCCUGAUGGGAAAAGUCAUAAAGGUUUUCUAACAAGAUACGUGAAGCGUUUAAAGGAUAUGAAAUUCCUAAGAGAGGAUUUGAUUUUCAGUACUCACAGUGAGGAGGGUACUGAUUCAGGUGUUGACACGUAUUUUGGGCUUUGCACAUAUCCUGGGCGAGAACUGCGGCAUCGAAUAGACUUUAAGGUUUAUCCAAGGGACAUAUAUGCUUUUGGUCUAGUAGCAUGGACAGGGAAUGAUGUAUUAAACAGGAGGCUGAGACUGCUAGCAGAAUCCAAAGGAUAUCGGCUUGAUGAUACUGGAUUAUUUCCAGCUACCCAGGCUUCAGGUGGCAAGCGAGGUGCAAGAGCUAGUGCAAGUCUGAGAUUUGACAAUGAAAAAGAGGUGUUUGAUUUCCUAGGAUUUCCUUGGCUUGAACCGCAUGAAAGAAAUCUAUGAUAUGCAUUUAGUUUAUGUGAGCUUGCUACUCAGAGACCAAAAAGCAGGCCUUGUUUGGGAGCCAACAAAUUCUUACUUGCACUGUGAUAAAGCAAAACCUGGCUCAUUUAUGCUCUCCUUUCUUUUGUCAACAGCGGUAACAGUAGGACUCUGGUUUGACCUUGAAGCCCUGUAAAUGGUGUUCCAGCUCAAACAAAUGGUUUCAGUCUCAUACAGGCUGGCGUAUGUAAAGCUUCCGAAUCACUAACGAAAAUACCAAAAGUCCGAAUAACGGUUUUUAUUCC